AGUUCCGGGUCAAGCCCUGCCCCGCCUCCGCCAUGGCGAGCAGCAGCGGGCCGGGCGCCGGAGGAGGAGCGGCGGCGGCGGCGGCGGCGGCGGCCAACCUCAACGCGGUGCGGGAGACCAUGGACGUUCUGCUUGAGAUUUCAAGAAUUUUAAAUACUGGGUUAGAUAUGGAAACUCUGUCCAUUUGUGUGCGGCUUUGUGAACAAGGAAUAAAUCCAGAAGCUUUAUCGUCAGUAAUUAAAGAACUUCGAAAGGCUACCGAAACACUAAAGGCUGCUGAAAAUAUUACAAGCUGACUUUUUCCAGAGAAAUCCUGAUGAGAUGUCAAGCUCUGCAAAAGAAUUUGAAGAUUGCAUUGUAGUCAAGAGUGUACAACGAAAUUACUGCAUGCAGCAGUGUAGAAACAGUUUCCUUUUAAAAAGAAUUACACAACUAUAGCUUUAUAAAUCAGUGCAAAGUGGCUUACAAAAAGAGCUAUCAGAUGUGUUUACGUCAUGUCUUACUUUUUUUUUCCAGUGGCUCACGCAUUGACAUUGCUGAAUUCCUAUUUAUGUAUUCCUUAUUUAUAGCUCAGCUAGCUUUAAUUUUCUAAGCAGUCUCUCAAUCAGAUGUGCACAUCUGCUGUGCCUAGCUGAAGGAUAGUGGAACCCAUCAGUAAUAAUGUAGUAGUUAUGACUUGUUGACAUUUCCAUUAUAAACCUAAUUUUAAAUUGUUUAUGUACAAUAACUCUAGAUUUAUGUUACAUUGGACUGGAAGUUGUCAGAAUUUCAUCCACCGUUUGUGAAUUUUUAUUUAGGUUCAUUAUGUAGAUCAGAAUCUUGUUUUUAUCAGCACACGGGGAAACAUUUGUUCUAAUAUGCUCUUUAACAAAGAAUAUUUAGUUUUUUAAACAGAAAGCUUGACAGAACCAAGUCAUUUUUUUGUACUAAGAAAUAGAACUUUUAGAAACUUAGAUUUUAAGAGCAAUGGCAGUGCUUAGUUUAGUAUUUUGUCAUUUGAGUCAUAGACAUUUAAUGCGACAGUUAAUUGAACGUGUUUUUCUUUCUCUUUUAUUCUUAUGUAAGAAAGACUGAAAAUGCAUACUAAAACAUUUCCAAUGUGGAAGACAUUUUUUAAUUUUAUUACAUUUACAUGUUUAUCCAAAACAUCUUGACUGUUUAUGUAAUAAAUCAGUUAAUAGGAAAUAUUUUGUUCAGUCAUUAAACAGAAAUUAAAUUAUUAGGUGUUCUCUAGCAGGAAUUGUGAGUAUGCCUUCUAGGGUCAUUUUUGUGUCAUAUUUUUACCCUGAAAAUUUUGAGGUGAUGGUUCAAAUUAAAUUUUAGAAAAUUUAGGUUAAGUGGAGCUCAUGCCCAAUUCAGGCAGCUUAAUGAAUGGCUGAAUAAAGAGCAGUGCUCCUGCAUUAUAAAAAAAGAAAAGAAAAGUUGGGUGAAUAUUAACUUUCUGUAAUAGAAAUCAGUGGAAUACUUUUCCCAAGAAUGUACAAAUUUAAUUACGUUUGCUAAGUCUUAGUCGUUUUUAGACUCCAUGAAACUGGCACUAUAAGCAUUCAUACUUUAGCAGCCCUUUUUUUCUGCAGACUGAAGUGUUUUAAUAAGACUUAGUAAUAUUUAAACAGUAACCUGUACUGUUGUUUUAAAAAUUGUAGUUUGACCAUUUUGACAUUUUGUUUUUGUGGAGCCUAUGCCUGGGAGGGCUUGGUAGUAUGAAGUAUGACGGAUGGAACUCAGGGUCAUGUACUAACAAGGCACAUUAUUCACCACUUGAGCCAUAUCCCAGGCCAUUUUGCUUUCUUUUAUGACAUGCAUCCUUAACCAGGUGCACUGGAAGAUGUAUUGACAGAACUGGUUGGGAGACAGUGUUGACUUGUGAUGUUAGGCUGUUUGGUAGUAAGUACUGCAAAUACUGCAUGUUGAUAUUUUUAAAGUCAUAAGCUGUCAAGUUUCAAAAUUUGUAUAUACUUUUGGGUCAUAAGAACUAAUAGUUUUAUUUAUGACUUUUUAGAUUAAGUUAUUUAUGUAUGAAACAGCAAGAAAAUAUACCGAGGAGUUAUGUUUACCAAGGACUAUGUGUUACAUUUCUUAAAUGUUGACAUAUAUUUUUAACGCAUACUUAAAGUACUUUUAAGGAAGGCGAAAUACUGAUAUAAUCAGUGUUGUAUGUGUUAUCAAUAAAUAAAAACAUUUUGGUUGUAUCAGCA